GGAGCCGGGACCCGCGAACUCGGGACGGGCGGGGACCCCGGAGCCCCGCUGCCUCGGCCUCCGCAGCGCAGAGCCGGACCUGCGGCGGGACCUCCCAGGAGCCCGGGGCGACGGCCAGACGAGGCUGGACCAUUUCCUUGGCCCUUCGUAGACGCGGGGAUUUGCCGAACAAGAGUUCCUGCUUCUCCCGCUUCACAUUAAAGUUUGUAGAUUCUUGUGGUAGUUGUGGUCCAAGUGAAACUGUACUGAAAAUGGGCCCUGUGGGUACGGAGGCGGAUGAGAACCAGACGGUGGAAGAAGCGAAGGUGGAGCCGAUUGGGCUGGGCCACACCACUCCCAGGGGCGAGCUGGCCCCAGACCCCGAGCCUGAGCUCAUCGACAGCACCAAGCUGAUGGAAGUGCGGGUUGUCCUCAUACUGGCCUACUGCUCCAUCAUCUUGCUGGGUGUCGUUGGCAACUCCUUGGUGAUCCACGUGGUGAUCAAAUUUAAGAACAUGCGCACAGUUACCAACUUCUUUAUCGCCAACCUGGCUGUGGCGGAUCUUUUGGUGAACACUCUGUGCCUACCAUUCACUCUCACCUAUACCUUAAUGGGGGAGUGGAAAAUGGGCCCCGUCCUCUGCCACCUGGUGCCCUAUGCCCAGGGUCUGGCAGUACAAGUGUCCACCAUCACCUUGACAGUAAUUGCUCUGGACCGGCACCGGUGCAUCGUGUACCACCUGGAGAGCAAGAUCUCCAAGCAGAACAGCUUCUUGAUUAUUGGCUUGGCCUGGGGCAUCAGUGCCCUGCUGGCAAGUCCCCUGGCCAUCUUCCGGGAAUACUCACUGAUUGAAAUUAUUCCGGACUUUGAGAUUGUGGCUUGUACUGAGAAGUGGCCAGGUGAAGAGAAGGGCAUCUAUGGCACCGUCUACAGCCUUUCCUCCUUGUUGGUCCUGUACGUUUUGCCUCUGGGCAUCAUAUCUGUUUCCUAUGUCAGGGUCUGGAGCAAGCUGAAGAACCACAUCAGCCCUGGGGCUGCGAGUGACCACUACCAUCAGCGAAGGCAGAAAACCACCAAAAUGCUGGUGUUCGUGGUGGUGGUGUUUGCAGUCAGCUGGCUGCCCCUUCACGCCUUCCAGCUUGCUGUGGACAUUGACAGCCAGGUGCUGGACCUGAAGGAGUACAAACUCAUCUUCACAGUGUUCCACAUCAUCGCCAUGUGCUCCACCUUUGCCAAUCCCCUGCUGUAUGGCUGGAUGAACAGCAACUACCGAAAAGCUUUCCUCUCGGCCUUCCGCUGCGAGCAGAGGUUGGAUGCCAUUCGCUCGGAGGUGUCUGUGACGUCCAAGGCUGAAAAGAAUGUGGACGUCGUGAAGAACAGUGGCCCCACUGACUCUUUCACCGAGGCUACCCAUGUCUAAGGGCAUGGUGUGGGACCCUAAGGAUGAAUGCUGACCGGAGCCCUUGGUCUGCUUGAGGAAGACUCAGGUGUGUGCUGAUCCCUCAUUUUAAGGAUGGAAAGCAUCUGAAUGGAAGCACAAGCAGUAUCACUCCCGGACACUGGCUGGCAGAGCCUAGGCAAAAUAUUUGUAUUCAGACAAG